GAGAGGGAGAGAGAGACAGACAGACAGACAGAGAGAGAGAGAGAAGGUGUGUUUUGGAACAAGAGUUGCAUGGAUAAUCUUGUUCUGAGAUGCCUUUUGUGGUUCUCUGAAGCUGGAUUUUGAACCAAACAAACAAAAAAAAAAUCAUUUUCCUGAAACGAGGAGUACUUAAUGAUGGUGUCCGCUGACAAAUCUGCGGAGAUCUUCCCCGGUUUCACAGCGACUGGUUGUUAACAGGGAUCUAAGUAUCCGAGGUUACCACGGCGAACAGUCUUUGUUCCAGCGCUUUCCUUGCAGUGUGGACUGUUCGCUGUACUUUCUCUCACACCGGAUCUUUGAUAAGCUAUUGAUCGCUGAUCAAUAUGCCCUGCUGACGUAACACGGAGAUGGGCUGACUGUGGUUGACUCUGGUUUCUGGACUUGGAUAUGUCAGAGUGCGGGAGGUUCUGAAGAAUCUCCUCUCCUGAGUUAAACGGGGUGACAGAGACGGAGGCAGAGGCAGGUGGAUGGGCCAGCGCAUUCACGUCACUGUAGACUGUAGACUAGACCACUGAGCAGUAACGGAUAGACAGACAGACUGACUAACUUACACACUCACACCCCCCAUUCACGCACAGGCAAACGUACACACACGCACGCGCACACACACACAAACACACACACACGCACGCGCGCACACACACACAUACACGGACAACAGCAGGGCUCCGAGAUAAAUGGCUAAUAAACAGAUCAGUUUGCCUGCUAAACUGAUUAAUGGGGGUGUUGCUGGCCUGAUCGGAGUGACCUGUGUGUUCCCCAUUGACUUGGCCAAAACCCGCCUGCAAAACCAGCAGAAUGGCUCUCGCCUUUACACCAGCAUGUCAGACUGCCUUAUCAAGACCAUCCGGUCAGAGGGAUACUUCGGGAUGUACAGAGGUGCAGCCGUAAACCUAACUCUGGUCACUCCUGAGAAAGCCAUCAAAUUAGCCGCCAAUGACUUCUUCAGACAUCACCUCUCUAAGGAUGGUCAGAAGCUCACUUUGCUCAGAGAGAUGCUGGCAGGCUGUGGGGCUGGGACAUGUCAGGUUAUUGUCACGACUCCAAUGGAGAUGUUGAAAAUCCAGCUUCAAGAUGCAGGAAGAAUUGCUGCCCAGAGGAAGCUCAUGCCUGAGACGGUGGCACCUGGAGGCUCAGUGGAGGUGAAGUCGCCCACGGCCAUGCAGAUCACGCGGGAACUGCUACGCAGCAAAGGGAUCGCUGGACUAUACAAAGGCCUGGGAGCCACACUGCUCAGGGACGUCCCCUUCUCCAUCAUCUACUUCCCUUUGUUUGCUAAUCUGAAUAACCUGGGGAAGAAGGGAGCUGACGUAGCUCCGUUUUACGUCUCCUUCAUCUCCGGCUGUGUGGCAGGGAGCACAGCUGCUGUGGCUGUCAACCCAGUGGAUGUGAUCAAAACGAGGCUCCAGUCACUCACACGUGGGAGCCAAGAGGACACGUACAAUGGAGUGAUUGACUGUAUCAGGAAAAUCUUGCAUAAGGAGGGUCCCACUGCUUUCCUGAAGGGGGCAUACUGCCGCGCCCUCGUCAUCGCUCCGCUCUUUGGAAUUGCCCAGGUCGUCUACUUCCUGGGCGUGGGUGAAUUCGUUCUGAGUUUCCUGCCCAAAAGGGACAAGUAACCAAUCAGUUCCUCUCUCUUUCUCUCUCUCUCUGCCUUGCCCUAACACCCAUCAUGCAUUGCACCGGUCGGACCUUGGCCCCAACCCCCCCUUCACCAUUUGGAAGGUCGUGACUGGCAAAGGUUCGAGAUCUGAUGUGGACCAAUUUCGGGGUUUUGUUUGUAAUGUCUUGUUUGUGUGUGGGUUUUUUUUUUUUUUGUGCGAAAAUGGUUAAAAAUUUUAUUUGAAUAUUGUGGUUUUAGCAUCAGGUGUACAUGCUUGCCUGACACUCUUUUUGCCAAGAUGGGCUUAAUUUGCCCCACCCCCCCACCCCAUCAUCAUAAUCAUCAUCUGCUUUUCAAGCCACAAAAAAUGGCCUUGACUAUUUAAAUUAUUUACCAUAAAUAAUUUUAUU